AUGGCGAGAUCACCCAAGAAAGACUCGCAAUCUCUGCCCUCAGAGCCCUGGAAGGUUGACGAACCAUUCGGUCCCCCUCCAAUUCAACGCUCUGUCUCUGGGGGUAUCCAACGCCUCCGAAAUACCCUCUCCAAGAUAUCGCCCUCGGCCCUCGCAGAGAAAGAACUCCUCCGCAAAAAGAACCAAUACAAAAGCCCUCUCACCGAACGCAACGUCGACACACUCGUCACCGAACAAGAAUGCAACGAAGCCUACAAACCUAGUCACUCACCCGAAAUCCAAGUCACCGAAUGGCUCGAGCGGGUAUCCUGA